AUGAAUGGGGACAAUCACUCUGGGAGAGCAGAAUUUAUCCUCAUAGGAUUUACAGAUCGCCCAGACCUGAAGAUUCUUCUGUUCCUGCUGUUCUUUGCCAUCUAUCUGAUCACCAUGGUGGGCAAUCUGGGUUUGGUGGUCUUGAUUUACAUGGAACGUCGUCUUCACACACCCAUGUACAUCUUUCUGGGCAACCUGGCUCUGAUGGAUUCUUGUUGCUCCUCAGCCAUCACUCCCAAGAUGUUAGAGAACUUCUUUUCUGUAGACAAAAGGAUUACUCUGUAUGAAUGCAUGGCGCAGUUCUAUUUCCUCUGUCUUGCUGAAACCACAGACUGCUUUCUUCUGGCAGCCAUGGCCUAUGACCGCUACGUGGCCAUAUGCAGCCCGUUGCAAUACCACACCAUGAUGUCCAAAAGACUCUGCUUUCAGAUGAUCACAGGAGCAUACAUAGCAGGAAACCUGCAUCCUAUGGUUGAAGUAGGGCUUCUGCUGAGAUUAACUUUCUGUGGGUCUCAUGUAAUCAGUCACUUUUUUUGUGAUGUCCUUCCAUUAUAUAGACUCUCCUGUGUGGACCCAUAUAUCAAUGAGUUGAUAUUAUUUAUCUUGGCAGGUUCAAUCCAAAUCUUUACGAUUACCAUAGUCCUCGUGUCUUAUCUCUAUAUACUUUUCACAAUAUUCACAAUGAAGUCCAAAGAGGGAAGAAGCAAAGCCUUAUCUACUUGUGCCUCCCACUUCCUGUCUGUGUCCAUAUUCUAUGGUUCCCUUCUGUUCAUGUAUGCUCGGCCAAGUUCAGUUAAUGAAGGAGAUAAAGAUAUACCUGUUGCUAUCUUUUAUACUCUUGUAAUUCCUUUAUUAAACCCUUUUAUUUAUAGUCUAAGGAAUAGGGAAGUAAUAAAUGUUCUGAAAAGUACAAUGAAGAAGAGGCAAGUCUGCAACAUUCUGAAACAAGUAUCAUCUCCCUUGGAAAACUGA